AUGGGCCAAGUUAAGUUGACGCAAGUUCUUGACGCGAGGGACUACAUGGGAGAGAGCGCACUGAAAGCGUAUCUAGAAACAGAGACACAGGCGUAUCUAGAAACAGAGACGCAGGCGUAUCUAGAAACAGAGACACAGGCGUAUCUAGAAACAGAGACACAGGCGUAUCUAGAAACAGAGACACAGGCGUAUCUAGAAACAGAGACACAGGCGUAUCUAGAAACAGAGACGCAGGCGUAUCUAGAGACAGAGACACAGGCGUAUCUAGAGACAGAGACACAGGCGUAUCUAGAAACAGAGACACAGGCGUAUCUAGAAACAGAGACGCAGGCGUAUCUAGAAACAGAGACGCAGGCGUAUCUAGAAACAGAGACGCAGGCGUAUCUAGAAACAGAGACGCAGGCGCAUCUAGAAACAGAGACACAGGCGCAUCUAGAAACAGAGACGCAGGCGUAUCUAGAAACAGAGACACAGGCGUAUCUAGAAACAGAGACACAGGCGUAUCUAGAAACAGGGACGCAGGCGUUUCUAGAAACAGAGACGCAGGCGUAUCUAGAAACAGAGACGCAGGCGUAUCUAGAAACAGAGACGCAGGCGUAUCUAGAAACAGAGACACAGGCGUAUCUAGAAACAGAGACGCAGGCGUAUCUAGAAACAGAGACGCAGGCGUAUCUAGAAACAGAGACGCAGGCGUAG